AUGAAUUUUAUUCCUUCACGAUUUACAACUACAAAUUUUGAUAUACCAUCAUUACAACCACGACCUUUAUCCACAACUACAGAUUUCAUGGAAUGUCCCAAUUUGCCUCAAUCUGAUACAACAAUUAUUAGUGGAGUACAAAUUGUUACAAAUGAUGAUCCGCCGUCGUUAAAUUCCCCCCCCCAAGAAGAAUUCACUGAAAAUAAUUGGCUACCUCCUUUAUACCCACAAUAUUCUUACGACUCCCCUCCAAAAAUGCCCAUAUAUAAAAAAUCUAAAAAGAAAGGACAAACAAAUAACAAUGAUGUCGAUGAUACAAACUCGUCCACUAUACGUCCUAAACGUAAUUAUACAAAAAAACCUCUUGAUAGACUAAAAAGACCACGAAAUGGUUACAUGAUUUACAUGAACGAGGUUUAUGAUGAUGUUAAACGUAACCAUCCUCACUUAAAAUUUGGCGAAUUGAGCACGCAAAUCGGUAUUCAAUGGAAAAAAUUGACCAAAGCCGAACAGAUGCCAUAUCAUCAAAAACAUGAAGAAGAAAAAAAUGCCUAUGAAAGUGCGAAAUUGGCCAUGUCAAGAACGAAUUUACAGAUCGUUGAGGAAACGAUCGGCAUUGAACGACAGGUUAAGGCUGCCGAAUUAAAAGCUUUCGAAUUAAUAGCAGCAAAAAAUAAGAAAGAUAACAAGGUUGAAAUCAAAGUUGAAGAAACGCGACAACUUUCUCAGAGUGAAACUCCAUCUUCCCGGUAUCAGCCACCACCAAAUUAUCGUGAAGUAGCCCCUUGCAUUCCAACGCCCGGAAACAGUGUUUUGAUUGGUUCAAACGUCAAAAUAGAACAGAAAGUUAUUAACUCGCAUUAUCCAAAGGGUAAUAACGUUUCUCGUCAUAAUGAAAAACCUCCUACUAGAAAUGAACCACGUAAAAGCGAUGUCGCUCCUUCAACGGUUUUACGCAAGUUGAAGCCAAAACCUGACAUACCAACUUCACCGGUUUUCAUCAAUCGAGCACUACAGCUCACAACGCCCCAAACCCUCUCUUUACCCAUUUUCACACCAGAAAACGCACGUUCAAUAAGACGGAAUACCGUCAAUUCACCUGCACGUGAAGCUCAAAGGGUAAAAUAUUUUAAGCAGCAUUUCCCAGAUCUAAAUGUCCAAGAUGAACGUAAGAAUGAACGAGCUUUUGUGAACCUCUCGGAAUGCAAGGGUGAGUCUAUCCCGCAAUCUGUUGUGGAAGUUGUAGAUAAGGACGUUAGUCGAAGUGAUACCGAUGAAAUGAAAAUUUUUGAGACUGAUGACGACGAAGAAGAAAUCGAUCAAUUACUACCAAGUGAUCAAUCAGAUACGGAAAUGGAAGGCAUCGAAAUUUCAUCUUCCACAUGCAAAUCACCUGAUACGUCAACGAUGUGGUAUUUGCCAAUUGGGGGAACGAUAGUUUCCCCUGGACUAACCCCAUUUAGAAAGAGAAAAGUCAUCAGAACGGAGGAACCUGAAGAGGUGGUGGUUGAACCAAAACGUUUCAAAGAGAAAGAAUAA